AUGUCACUUGAUCUUGUUUCUAGUGCCCGAUUGAAUGAUGUGAAGGUUGUUGAUACUCCCAUGGAACUCAAUGUUAAACUUUCUGCACAUGUUGGCGAUCAUCUUCUUGAGCCUACAAUGUAUCGCAAACUCAUAGGCUCCCUCAUCUAUCUCACUAUGACUCGUCCAAAUAUUGCAUAUGUUGUCCAUGUUGUGAGCCAGUUUAUUUCAGAUCCUCAACGACCACAUCUAUCAGCAGUUUAUCAAAUUUUGCACUAUGUUCGAGGUACUUCCAGUCAUGAAUUAUUCUUUGACUCUACAUCCUCUUUAGAUCUCAGUGCAUAUGCCGAUGCAGAUUGGACAGAUAACCAAAAUGCAAUUAAAAUUGUAUCUAAUCCGGUUUUUCAUGAGAGGACAAAGCAUAUUAAUGUAGAUUGUCAUUAUGUUCGUGAUCGCUAUCUCGAUGAUACAUUAUCUCUCCCUUAUGUUUCUUCUACUGAGCUAAAGGGGAUUAUGUAG